ACUCACAUUCAUACCUAUGGACAAUUUAGAGUCGCCAAUUAACCUCACAUGCAUGUUUUUGGAAUGUGGGAGUAUUUGCUAAAAUAAUAAGUACAGUAUAUUAUAUUUCAAAUGUUUUACUCUUUUAAAAGUUUGGUGUGCUUUGGCUGAUUCUAUUUUGUUAUUUAUCUUCCUUGUUUAAUUUUCUUAGCUUGGGACAUACUGUUAAAAAAGAAGGUGAAAUUCACUAAGCUGGAACGCGUUGAUAAGCUGACGUGGAGUCUAAUAGACCCAAGCAGAGAUCAGCUCGCCUACCUCGAAGUUUCCAUACAGUGAAAACAAAAAAGUCUGCCGUCAGUCCAGCUCUGGCUCCGUUGAGCAUCACGUAUCAAAAAAUUUUCCACAAAAGUUGAAUCGAGGCAACUGGACUCAGCUAUGAAGACAUUUCACCUUUUGUCCAAAAGGCUUCUUCAGUUCUACAAUUGUAGGUGUGGAAUUGUAGGUGUGGAGUGUGUCCCCCGGGGGUGAUCGUAAUAGGGUCGUUGUUGCUAUUGUGGCUCAGCGUGGCUGGUGAACAACCGUCCUGCCUAAUAAUAGCUUGUUCGCCUGGCUGGUGGCAAAAGAACUUGUUACUGGCCACUCUUUCCGUUGGGAAUUGUAUAAGGGUUUUUUGGUCUCUCCAAUGUAGGGGUCAUUGCCCUCCUCACUACAUGGCACUGCAUAAACCACAUUGCUGAGUUUGCUUCUCUGGAUUUUAUCCUUGGGGUGAACCAGUUGGACAAAAUCCCGAGAAGCAAACUCAGUGCAGUAUAGUGAGGAGUGCUAUGACCAUUACAUUGGAGAGACCAAACAACCGUUAUGGCUUGGGACAUGGCAUGGCGUAAUAUAAGAGAGCAGUUUUUUCGAGCCAGAGUCAGCAGUUCAUUUGCAUAUCAAAAAUAAGUGACAUUCCUUUGAGGACAAUUAUUUCCAAAUUCUGGAUAGAUAGGACCGCUGUUUUGUGUAAGAAGCCAUUUAUGCCAAACUAGAAUGACCUCACUAAACAGCGAUGACCUAUCAUCUGCUUACAACAAUGUCCUGACAUCUCGCUCCCAAAGACGAGUUUUGCCACCAGGAAGGCAAAGGGCUUAUUUUUAUGCAGGACGGUUGCUCACCAACAACCUUAGUGUGACCAAUCCCAACAGGUACAUAAAUAGGGAAACUCCACACCUGAAGAAGCCUUUCCCCCUUUUCGGAAUACAAGGCCUUUCCUUUUAAUGUGAUCACAAUGAGGCUGCGUGUCACAGCUGUUAUACUGUGUUAAGACGUGCCUUUUCACCCUCUCCUCCUGCAAACCUUGCCUGUUUCACGUCUCACAUACACACACACACACACACUAACACGUACACACAUGCAUACACUCACGUACGCAUAGCAGUGCAUAAAACCCCUCGCUCACCAAAAUUAUCUGCAAUUGCAGCAAUUAUCGUCAAGUCCAAAACCUUUCAACAUGCCUCGUUUUCUCAUCAGUGUGCCUCUUAAGCGAGAAGUACAUCAUCAUCAGCGGAAAAGUACAUUUACUUCAGCGGGAUUAUUAAAGCUCUAAUUUUCUAUUCCAAGCGUGUUAAUUUCGUAUUUAUUUUGCUAAUUUUCUUGACAGACCCAGGUGCAUGGUAGGGUUGGGUACUGUUUACAUAUUAUCUGGUACUGCCGCCAAAUCAGUAAAACCAACAAAACAAUGCCUUUUUAUGUUUAUGCAAUUUUGUGACAUGCAAGUUGGACAGAAUAGUAACUGAAAUACGUCAAUAAUAUAAAUAAAAUAACAAAGUAAUACAGUCAUCCCUCGCACUAUGGCGGUUUGAUUAUCACUCCUUCGCUAUAUUGCUUUAAAAAAAUAAUAAUAAUAAUGAAAUAUUACUGUUCCAUGGUUGAAUGUAGUCUAUUAUUAGCAUUUUCAAGCAUUAAAAUGGUUAAAUGAUACAAAUACAAGGCAGAAGAAGCAUUCUGCUUGUGAAUGUAGUACUGUAUUCUGCAUUGGUCACUAGGUGUCGGUGUUCGGCGAGACAAGCACUAGUCUUGGCUUAUUUACCGUAAAUUCCGGCGUAUGCACAAGUCCGUGAGGACCAGGCAGCUCUUUAUUUGACAGGAGCCAAUCAUGAGCUGUGAAAAAACUCACGACGAGCUUGUCAACCGGAAAUUGCAGGAGGUCAUUACUCAAUAAAACAGUCUGACGGUGUCAUCUUACAAAGAACACGAAACUCAUCCGACAGUAACUUAACACUCAAAAGGUAUCUAGUAAAUAUACAAGACAAGGUAACCUCUACCCAUAAUGCAGCAGAGCAGUUAAUUAGCCAGUGGCUGCCCGUUGCCGGGCACCGGGCCACCAGAGGGAGCUCAUGAGCUUGUGAUUGACUCCUGCCAAAGACAGGACUAGUGUUUCCUCACUGACUCGUGAGCGGCACAGUAUUUAAAUGAACAGUAGUAGUUCUGAAGUGUUGGAGAUGUCACAAGAUUGGAAAAAAGUCAUAAAUUAGCUAUAACGUUGUAUAAGCCACAGGGUUCAAAGUUGAAGGAAAAAGCUUAUGCAAAUUACAGUACUCGUAUUCCGUCUACUAUAUUGGCUAACACAAGUGUAAAGCCAUUUAAAGCCGCACGGAAGUACGACAAGGAACUGCUAAAGUGUGAGUCUAUGUUAUCUUAUUUAUGUCUAAUAUGUCUUAUUUUCUCUGAUUAUAUCUACUUUAUUAGGUAAUACCAAUGCAAAGGUGACUAAAGGAGUGUUAUUUCAUGAAAUAAGUCCGUAGAAGAAGACAACUAGGAAGUGUUGUUGUUUUGAGCAUCUGCCUGUAAGACAUAGGGCCAUGUGUCUAUUUCAAGUAAAAAAGGCUGACUAAUUUACAUCCCGACAUGGUGUCAUUCAGCUGUGUGUUCUAAAGAUGUAAAAACAGAUAAAAAGAGGCAGGUAAUUAAUGCAUGUAAUGGGACACACCUAUUCCACCUACAACGCUCGCUAUUCUCCAAAAACCUCCAGCAAGGUUUUAUGGUUUUACAUCCAUGCUGUAGGCAUGUAGUAACAGGAACGUUCAUGAUAACAUGUAAUACUUACAGUAUUUAUGCUGUAUUUUGGUCAUCUUAAGCAUUAUCGGAACUUCCUUCCUGGGUGUAUUGAUUUCACAUAGCAACACAGAAAGGAACGCUACACCUAGCGUUAACUUUUCCAAACUCAAAAACAAAAACACAGCAGCAGUGGCGGCAGCUCCAAUAUGUAGCGUUGCCUUUCGGUAGUGGUCUGAGGCAUUGUGAGCAAGUGUGUGGUGAAGCUAGUUGCUAGCCGGCUAGUAUCUAGCUGGUGUGAUGUGGUAAGAUGUCACUACACCAUUAAAGUAGUUCUCGGUCGUAACAAUGUUAAUAACAAUAAUAAUAACAAGGUCACUGUAGCUUGGUUAAUAUGCAGGUCACAUUACGCAAAUGGAGUCUUGCUGGUGCUUUUUGGAGGUUUUAUCAGAAGGCUUUUUUGGUGAAUUAGGUGCAUCCCCUUACAUGCAUUGUUAGCUGCUUCUUUUUAUUCAAUUCAAUGUAUUUGUAUAGCGCCAAAUUGUAACAACAGGUAUCUCAUGACACUUUACACAUGAGGGUCACACUCAUCAAUCAAAACAGAGAACCAACUGAAACCCCACAUGAGCAAGCACUUGGCGACGGAGGCAAGGAAAAACUCCCUCUGGGGAAGAAAUCUGAGCAGAACCCAGGCUCUGUGGGGUGGCCGUCUGUCUCGACUGUUUGGGUUGAUAUAUAAAAAUGGAGUAGAGGGAUAGAUGGUAUUUUAUCUGUUUUUACAUCUUUAUAUCUUUAUGUUCAUGUCUCACAUAAGGAUUGUGGAUGAUGGGCAAAAUUCCCCAAAAAGUGCAGUUUUCUUUUAAGCGAGUCUUCUGAAUGCCUUAUAUUAGAAUUUUCGUUCAUUUUGAGCAAUUUUAUACUUGAAAAUCCUUACCUUAGGCCAAGAAUACAUCUUAUUUGCUUAAAUAUGCAUAUUUUUUCACUAAUACUAGGCCAUUAAAAAUAGGCAAUUCAUUUAUUUGGAAAAAACAUAGUGUGGAGCCUCGAAAUUCAAACUGUGAGGGACGACUGGACUGUGUUUCAGGUCCAAGUAGUUUUUAAAGGUUGUUGCAGCAGUUUUGGGGAAGUUGACAUUUUUGUCAUUAGGUAUAAAUGAGUGGGGAUAUUUGAAGGACUUCUUGUAGUCUUGUUCGUAGUGUUUAAAUGUUGGUCUGAUGCAAGGGGAAGUAAACACCAACCUUGCCUUUACAGAGAAAUGUGUUAUUUCCCCUGAAAUGCAUGACAUCAUACUUUGUAUUUUUAGAGUCCAUCUGUAAACACUCAUCAUCUUGUGAUUCUGUGGAAUUCCUUGAAGACAGCAGGCGCUUUUUGCGGCACAUGGGGAGGGACUUGCCGGCAUUACAAUAUUGUCAUUUCACAUUGCCUACGUCUGCCGCGCUUCUGCUGGACUCUGUGGACAUGUUGAUAAAUAUUUAUAGACGCAAUAGCAACGCAUUAACACUCAGAGCGGUGCAGGCAUCCGUCGGAGGCGCUUGAGAGGGAAGGCUGCUGCUCAACACCGUACACAUAAGCCGAUGCCGUGAUACAUUCCUAACACAUACUGUAUGUUGCAGUCACAAGUCGAUGGGGGUGGGGUGGGGUGUGUUUGAGUCACUUGGUAACGUCCACCUGACACACGCACCUGAUGUAAUGUUUGGAGUUGGGCGUCAUGGCAACAGUUGUGACUCUUGUGCUGUCUUGUGAGUUGACUGAUGCUGCGGAGGAGAGGCUGCACUACACGUCACCGUGUGUAUAUGUGUUUAUUAUUGUGGUUGUAUAGUUUGCAGUGGUGUGCAACGGCACUGCAUCAUGCUGAGAGCUGUUAUAAAAUACUGGACAUACUGUAAAUAUUACAAAGUGAUGAUGAUGCAGUGCAGGUGUACACCACUGCAAAGCCCAACCACAAUAAUAAACAUAUUGUUUUUGACAGUGUCAAUCAAAAGCAUUAAGCAGAAUAGUAGACACACCCCUUGUAUUUAGUGGGGGUUUUUUGCAGCUGGAGAAUUUGUAAAAGGGGCCGCACUGUGGCCGAGUGGUUAGCAUGCUGGCCGCACAGUCAGGAGAUGGGGAAGACCUGGGUUCGGAUCUCCGUUGGACGUCUUUGUGUGGAGUUUGCAUGUUCUCCGGGUAGUCCGGCUUCCUCCCACAUUCCAAAAGCAUGCAUCCUGUACUCGGCCUCUCGCCUGAAGUCAGCGGGGAUAGGCUCCAGCAUACCCCCGCGACCCUAAUGAGGAUGAGCGGCAUAGAAAAUGGAUGGAUGGACGGAUUGAUGGAAUUUGUAAAAGCACCAUUUGAACACCUGAACAGAGCCCAACACCUUCGUUAUUGUUGUUCCCAAGCCUUGCCAAAGACCAGGUGAUGACAGUCAUGAAGCUAAUCAACACACUGUAUCCUAACCCUUGCUCUUGUUCUCUCCCUCUCCUUGCAUCUACAAAAGAAACACUUCUAAAGUGCACAUUUUUUAACGUUCUAAAGCAGGGGUGUCAAACACGUUUUCAUUGAGGGCCACACUGUCAUUAUAACUGCCCUCAGAAGGCCACUUGUAGCGGUUUAAUAUCAUCAAUAUGAAUAUUGAAUUGAAUAUAAAUAUGAAUAUAACCUCAUGAUAGUAUGACACAAUUGCCCAUGAAUUUGAUAAUUAUAUUUUUACUAACAAAUUGAGGGAUAACUUGCUUUGAAAUGAGAAGUGCAGUGAGAAUGUCAAGGAGACAAGCAGACAUUCAAGUAUUUAUUUCUGAUAACAAAAAAUGCUGGUAAUAUUUUGUUGCGUGAUCACAUAAUAGUCAAGUUUAGAAGAACGGCAAUUUUCCUGUCAAAAUGAAGGAAGAAAUACAUUUAGAAAGAGCAAGGUGAAGUGCGUUAUUGACAUUAUUAUUAUAAUGAUAUAGAUAUAUUUUUAUUAGCUGGUGGCACAUUCUAAAAAUAUAAUUUCACAAGACAAUUAAAAAAAAAGAUAAAAAAUGAAAAAGUCGAAAGAGGAAAAAGUCGUAAUUUUAUGAGAAUAAUGUUGUAAUAUGAUGAGGAAAAAUGAAGUUCAAAUAUUACAUAAAAAUAUGUUAUUUUUAAAAUCAUAAUAUUAUAGUAAUGGUCAUGUCACAAGUUACACUGGAAUACAUCACGUAGUACAAAUGACAGUUCCACAUGUCCAAAAGGAGCAGGAAGAAACAAAGCCACCAUCCGUUUCACAUCAAUUGCAAUACAUUCAUUAACUUCCUGUAUUGCAAAUGUACUCUUUGCUAGAUUAAAAUACAUUGUAAAAUGGUAAGGUAAAAUACAUAGGAAAAACAAACAAAACAAAGAAUAAAGUAAUUUUUGGAAAAUUAUUUUGCAGAAAAAGUUCUAAUGUUACGAGAAUAAAGUCAAAAUAUUAGGGGAAUGAAGUCAUAAUUAGAAGAACAUUUAAAAGAACAAAGUUGAAAUAGUUGGAAACUUAAAAAUAACAAAUCAUCAACAGCAAAAAUAGAAAAAAAUGGCUGUAAUUUUACCAGAAUAAAGUCAAAAUAUUGAAAGAAAAGAGUUGUAUUCUAAAGAGCAAACAUUUGCAAUUUUAACAGAAUAAUCGCAUAAUAUUAUGAGGAAAGGUAAUGCAAUUUUAGUAGCAUACAGUUGAAAUACUAAAGAAAAAAUAUUUCUUUUUUUUUUUUGUUCAAGUUGGAAUAUUAUGAGAAACAAAACAAAGUUGUAAUUUUUGGAAAAUUAGGUUGGGGGAAAAGCCAUAAUAUCAUAGAAAUAAAGUCAAAAUGGGGGAAUAAAGUUGUAAUAUUAUGAGAAGAAAAUUUAGAAAAAUUUUUAAAAAAGAGAAAAAAGAGCAUAGAGUGGAGUUGAUAGUAAUAAUAUGCCUUUUCCCCUAUAUAUACAUAUAUAUAAAGCUGAGAUCCAAAUUAUAUAACUUGUUAGCAUAUCUACAUGUGUUUCUUUACAAAAUAUUAAAGUGGCAAAGUUGCAUCCUUUCAUUUUUCACUAUGUGGCCCUUGCUGGAAAAAAGUUUGGACACCCCUGCAUUAAAGGUUACAUGAUGUAACAGAUUAUAUCCCCAUCUAAAAAUGACAUUCUAAAGUCAACCGUUGUCCCUGACCUAUUGUGUUUGACCUUGGAGGUUCCAUUGUAGUUGCCAUGCAGUUUUUUUUUUCCUUCCCCUCACAUUGUUCAUUCCCCCAUGUGGAUGGAGAUGAAAAGAGGAGGGGGGGGGCAUGUGCAGGUGUCUAAAAUAACUGCAUCUUGCAUGAGAGUUAGUGCCUGCAGAUGGUAGAGAGACAAGGACGAGGGAGGGGCUGCCACAGCGGAGGUGACUUGAAUUUUGCUCCUCGGUAGCAUUUUCACAGCAUGUGAAAUUGUGGGAGUGUUGACAGUAGAAGUCCCCCCCCCCCCCCCGUCUAUUAAGCUCCCCUACCACACCUCCAGCGUGAGCUGGGAGAGGUGAACUCGCAGAUUCCUGCUGCGGAUAAAUUGUGUGUGACAUGUUUAGCCGCGCUGCCUUAGAUGGAGACGGGUGGCUGUGAAUGCAGCGAGGCUCUGCCAAGAGCGAAGGCGGAAGAGAGAGUGAAGGGCAAGGGAGGGGAGGGUAGGAAGAGGAGGAGGAGGAGAAGGAGGAGGAGGAGGAGGAGGGGAGAGUGACAGCGGAGAGAGGAGUGCCGUGAAGCAAGCAUGAGGUUUUUACUUUCCAUUCUCCUCCCAGCAGCAGUCAGAUGAGAGUCCUUGCACACAAGAGAAGUGCCUUCUUGCUCGCCUGCCUGUGGUUCUGCACUGAAUCACCUGGGUUUCUGGGCCUGUCGGAGUCACCAGCGCGGACUUCUCGGGCCAAGGACACCGUCCACUUCACCCCUACCUCCAUUCUCCUUAUCCUAGCACCCCCCCUCCCUGCUCCUCUCCAGAUAAAGCCUGACGUUAAGGACCAAGAGAUCGAAUCAACUCCUGUGAGCGGGAAAGACUUGGUUGUGCUUUUGUCCCGCCACCACACCCUUCUCCUCCCCUCUCCUCAUCCUUCCCGAGCCCUGCAUCUUCCCAUCAUGGGCCGACGCAAUCAAUAAUGUUUUAGCAUCCUCUCGUCUGACAGUUUAGCCGAGGAGCAAGCUUGAUAGCGUUCGAGAGAUUAAAAAGCGCAACAUCUGACCACUAAAGGCUUCCUGUUUGAGCCAAACCCUCCCUGAGGAUGAGCUACAGGUGGUAGGACCCCCAAAGAAGCCUCUAAGGCUCCAACGCCGUCCUGACAAAUACGUUUAAAGUCCACCUUCUCCCAUGUCAUUGACUUAUUCAUCCUCAUUAACAACACACAGGAGCACUCAUACCCGCAUUCGCUGGAUAUACAUUACUCUUCAUCUGCGUCCCCCGGCUGCUCCUGCCGCUGCUGCUUCAAAAUGGCGGUGAACGUGGCACCUAUCCGGGACACAAAGUGGCUGACUUUGGAGGUUUGCCGGGAAUUCCAAAGAGGAACGUGUUCACGACCAGACAACGAGUGCAAGUUCGCCCAUCCUGCCAAGAGCUGUCAAGUGGAGAACGGCCGAGUCAUCGCCUGUUUUGACUCGCUCAAGGGCCGCUGUUCUAGGGAGAACUGCAAGUACUUGCACCCUCCUCCCCACCUGAAGACCCAGCUGGAGAUCAACGGAAGGAACAACCUCAUCCAGCAGAAGAACAUGGCCAUGCUGGCCCAACAGAUGCAGAUCGCAAACGCCAUGAUGCCUGGCACCCAGCUGCAGCCUGUGCCCAUGUUUUCAGUCACACCCAGCCUUGCAACCAAUGCCAACGGUGGUGCCACUGCAGCAUUUAACCCUUACCUUGGCCCGGUGUCGCCCGGCCUGAUGCCUGCUGAGAUCCUGCCCAGUGCCCCGGUACUGCUCACCAGCAACACCAGCGUCCCGGUCCCGGUUGCCACUGCUGCACAGAAACUGAUGAGGACGGACAGGCUGGAGGUAUGUCGGGAAUACCAGCGGGGCAAUUGCACUCGCGGGGAGAACGACUGCCGCUUCGCCCACCCGGCGGACAGCACCAUGAUUGACACCAAUGACAACACGGUGACGGUGUGCAUGGACUACAUUAAAGGCCGCUGUUCUCGGGAGAAGUGCAAGUACUUCCACCCUCCAGCUCACCUGCAGGCCAAAAUAAAAGCAGCCCAACAUCAAGUCAACCAGGCUGCGGCUGCUGCCGCCAUGACUCGGUCGGCUGUCAAAUCACAGAAGCGGCCCCUCGACGCGGCUUGUGACCUGGGGCUCCCUCCUGUCCUGCCCCCUUUACCAAAGAGACCUGCACUUGAAAAAGCCAACGGUGCCACCACCAUGUUCAACGCCGGCGUAUUCCAGUAUCAACAGGCUCUGGCCAAUAUGCAGUUCCAGCAGCAGGCUGCCUUCAUCCCGUCAGGCUCCAUAUUGUGCAUGACGCCUGCAACAAGUGUUGUACCCAUGAUGCACGGUGCUUCUCCGGCCACUGUGUCUGCAGCCACGACAUCUGCCACAAGUGUUCCCUUUGCAACCGCCUCAGCCAAUCAGGUUUGCUCCACUCUCUCUCUCUCUUUCUCUCUCGCUCGCUCUCUCUCGCUCCCCGUCUCUCCGGCGCCCUCUGCUGUUUGUGUGUCUGGCUGGAGUUCCUCCUGAUGAAAUAUGAAUGAGAAAGCAUGAGGCUGAAUCUUCUGAACUUGUGAGCUGUCGUGAUUGCUUAGAAGUUUACAUGCGUGUUCGGCGUUUUUACUUGUGAGCAUCAUCCUUGUUUGUUUUUCUUGUGGUGUUUUCACCUCUUCUUGUUUCCCCCCUCC